AUGGCUUGCAAGCAGCAGAAAGCGAGAAUUUAUGCUUACGCAACAUUCAAUCUUGCCGCGCUCCUCUCAAUUGCUCAGAGCAUUCGAAAGAAGUCAUGCUUAUGCGAUGAAUCUCAGCGUCCAAAGAGUGGUAGCUUGAAUUGGGUCAUUUUCCUCACCUUCGAGGACGACGGAGUGGAAUGGGUUUUUAGGUCACCGCGGAAGGCCUAUGGGCUCCAGAAGAACGUCGCAAGCCAAGUUCUUGCAAGCGAAGUAGCAACUUUAAAUUAUCUCCAGAAAACUGGAAGCAUUCCUGUUCCGCAAGUGUUUUCUUACUGCGCUACUGAUGAAAAUCCCACUGGCAUCCCCUAUAUCCUGAUGAGUAAGGCUCCCGGCUUGCCGCUAAGCACAUAUGGCUGGAGCAAUCAUCACAAAAUACACUCCUCCCAUGUGCGUGGUGACUCGGAGAGGACCUUAACAUCCUUCCAGAAGCGCAAGGUCAUGGAACAACUCGGCGGACUACAGGCAUCAAUGUCAAAUUUGCGGUUUGAUCAUGUCGGUUCGCUCUUUGCAGAGAACGAAGUCUAUACUAUAGGAAAGUGUCUAUUACCCUGCCUAAUUCUCCAGGGUCGCGAUGAAUUCAAUGAGGAUGAAAUACCACGAGGUCCAUUCAAAACUUCAGGCGAAUUCUACACUGCUCUAAUACGUGCGUUCUUCGCUCACGUGAAAGAGCUUCCUAUGGAGCAUCAUCUGUUUCAUGGUCCAGUACCCAUCCCGCAAGAAUAUGACAAUUAUGAGGACUACAGAAUUGCUACUGAUCGCUGGAAUGAUUAUGUUGCUGUGGGAUCAAAGACUGAAAGCACGAAGAAUCGUCUUGACUAUGCUCUAGUCGGAAUUUCCAUGACCGACUGGGUGCCUUCAUUGGCUGAGAAUGAUAAUCAGUUCAACUGCGCGGGUUUUCCACUCUACCAUCCUGAUCUGAGUACUCAGAACGUCUUUGUGGAUGACGACUUCAACAUAACUUGCAUUAUUGACUGGGCUUUCGCGUCUUGCGUUCCUCCCUCAAUGCUCCUUAUCUGUCCUGGGCUCCCACACCCCCGUGAUAGUAUUCAGCCGUUCCUGAGAGAGUCUUUCGCCAAAGGUUUUGUUGCUGGGCAUGGUUUCAAUGACCAAAAUGGCCUUGAUUUCUCGCGCAGUAGUAUUUACUGGGCAUUUCUUCGCUUAGUGAAUCUCGAUUCACUCCAGGAUUACGUAUAUUUUUCAAAAUUGGUACAAUUGUUCAGCAACCAAGACGUGUUCAGUCACAUCAAUCAACUGAAAACUCGAGAAGAGUUCAAGAAGAUCUCAUCGUUCCUUGGGAAAGCUGAAGAAGGGCCCGGGGAGUCUGCUAAGGACGAAAGCCAGUAUUUCUCAUGUGUGGGCCCCGAGCGACUGGCAUUGUCUAGGCAUCUGACGAUGAUUACUGAAAUGAAGCCAGCCUUUGUUGCGGAUACGAGACUCUGGAAGUGUAUUACAGCAUAUUUGAAUGAGCGCGAUUCCUUUAUGUUCGUUAGAGACCAAGAGCGGACCCCAAGCAGGAAACGCAAGCUGGACUGCUUUGCUUGA